CUGACUCUAACCUCAAACGACACAUUCUGUCGAAAUCGGCUGAGCGAUUAAUCUCAAACGAUUGAAGAAAAUGAUCCAAGCGUUUAUUUGGUUCUGCUUGUGUUUUUGUCAUCUGGUUGGUGUGUUUGUUGCUGAGACAAAUGUAGUGAAAUCAGUGCCAGUGACUGAGGGAGAUUCUGUCACGUUACAAUAUGAUUUUAGGCCUGCUGACAUACAGGGAUAUGACAUGAUAGAAUGGAAGACUGGAAACCUUCCUCUUGCUAGAAUCAAGAAAGUAAACGGUACCUUCUUAACAACAUAUUAUAAUAAUGACUGGAGAUUCAUAGACAGACUCCAGCUGGAUAAUCACACUGGAUCUCUCACCAUCACAAACAUCAUGCAUGAACACAGUGGAGUUUAUGAACAAAGCAUAAAGUUCAGAAAUAGGGAGCCAGUCAAGAUGUACAAUGUCACUGUUUAUGAUAUUUUGACAUGUCAGAUUAGGAUGAUAUUCUGCAUAUUUGACAGUCCUUUUAUGUUUAACUGUUUUAAAUGGCCAUUGCCCGCCGUGCACAGUUGCCCUGAAGCCACCGUGGUGGCGGUGCUUCCGAGUCUUGGCCCGUCAUCGCUGCUUGCAGCUAUAUUUAUAAUUAUAAUCAUUAAAUACCUGACAAAGCAUACCGCUUACCUCUUACUGUCAUACCUUCUUACUCUCUCAUGUUUUUCAGCUCCUCUGCCUGUUCCUGUCAUCAUCAGUUUCUGUCCACCAAAUCCUUCAUCAGUUUGUUCAUUGUUGUGUUCAGCUGUGAAUGUGAGUCAUGUGACUCUCUCCUGGUACAAAGGAAACAGUUUAUUGUCCAGCAUCAGUGUGUCUGAUCUCAGCAUCAGUCUCUCUCUUCCUCUGGAGGUGGAACAUCAGGAUAAAAACAUCUACAGCUGUGUGAUCAACAAUCCUAUCGGCAACCACACCAAACAUCUCAACGUCUCUCAGCUCUCCAGACUGAGUUCAGACACUGGCUGGGGUUGCGAUACUAUUGAACCUGUGAUCCGAUUGGUCGUCACUGCUCUGAUGGGUGUGGCUGCUGUGACUGCCAUUGUUGUUCUGGGUUAUGACAUCAAAUCCAGAACGAGAGAUGAGAGAACAGACACCAACAUCAGACAAUGUGUGUUUACAUUUGCUGAGACAAAUGAAGUGAAAAGAGUUUCAGUGACGGCGGGAGAUUCUGUAGUUCUACACAGUGAUGUUAAUGAAACACAGACAUAUAAAAAUAUAGAGUGGAGGUUUGAAAACAGUCGUAUAGCUAUAAUCAAGAUAGCGACUUGGAACGAUUCUAAAUAUGAGGAUGAGAGAUUCAGAGACAGACUGAAUCUAGAUCAACAGACUGGAUCUCUGACCAUCAGAAACACCAGAACCACAGACUCUGGACUUUAUCAACUAACUCUCACGACUGUGAAUAAAGAGUCAACCAAGAGAUUCAAUGUCACUGUUAAAGUGGCACCAACAACCACCUCACAAGCCCCAAUCUCAAAAACAGCUUCACAGCCUCCAGACCUCCAGUCUCCAGUUUCUGCAUCUCCAAUAGUGUUGAUCUCUGCUGCUGCUGCUGGAUUUCUGCUGACUGCAGCCACAGUUGGGAUCUUCUGCAUCUGCUGGAGACAAAGAAAAACAGAACAGGAAACAGUCCAGAGCCAUGAUGAAGAAAUAACUUAUGCUGAUCCAACAUUCUACACACGAAAUGCACAAAAAGCGAGUGUUAAACAGGAGGAUGAGGUGGUGUACGCAGGUGUCGUCACGAGACGUUAAUCAAACUGUUCAUGAUAAAUUUGUCGUUUUGUAUAGUAAAUAAAAACACAUGCACACUGCAGCUAAAUUCA